AGUCGCUGAAAUCAGGUAUCUGUUGAUUUCGUUCACCUGUUUCUUCGCGCCACUUACCGCGAAGAAAUUGUCUGUCCUUAAUAACAUCUAUUAAUAUCGCUAGUUUGUAGCGUAUUGGAAUGUCAAGCUUCUUACAAAGACUCAAAAGUGGCGCUAGUGUGGUAGACAAUAAUGCCCCACCAGACAGCGCUGGGGUAGUGAUACGCAAGUUAGAGAAGAAGGUGCUUUCUCAGCCGGCAGACCAGCUUGGCAUUACAUUUGGCAACGAUGCCGAAGUAACUCGUGUCACUCCUCGAUCCGCGGCGGCGGCAGCAAAUAUUCCAGUCGGUUUCAUGAUUUUUGACGUUAACGGCGACUACGUCGAAAAUGAAAACCAGUUUAUCGAAGCGGCGCGCAAAAACGUUAACCUCGUAAUCAAACUACAGAGUACAGCAGGAAUAUCAGAACUCAUAGCACGCGUUUUACGUGAUGAGGAAAUGCGUGCUAGCGGUGAAAUAAGCGAAUCGGCGAUUAAUUUUGAUGAGCUGUUGCGCACGACCCCACGAUUCAAUUUUUUGUCAGGUGACCAUCCGAUAUUUCUUCGAUACAACAGACGACUUAAACAAGCUAUGCAAGCAGCUGCGUUAAUUGCGCAACGAACGCAAGAAGCAGAGCUCCAACGACAGAAGGAAAUAAAGGAGCGCAUGAGGAAGGCUCUGGAGGAAGAGCAAGCAGCCCAAAAGAAGAAAGAGGAGCAGGAAGAGGCCGAACGAAUGAGAAAGAACGCAUCUCCGUCGUCGGAGUCGUUUCUCAACAGCGAGCCAUUUCUUCGAAUUAUUAGGGACGAAAGCGAAUUCGGUCAAUUUGAUCGUGAGACAAAUAAGACGGAAGCAGCACCUGUUGUUGACGAAAAACCAUCAAUUGAAAUUAGCGGUAACCUUCUCGAAGAAGCACUUGCUGCGCCGGAAGUAGAGCCACCUACACUUGCACCAACCGAUGGGGUCACACCAGCUUCUGCUGAAGAACUGCUCGCACUGGUCGGAAUCCCUACAGAUUUACCUCCUCCACUGACGCCUUCUCCGAUUCCGACGACAGUAGCUACACCAGCUCCACAAGCUGAGGAAACAGUGAGCUACGUUACCCUUCCCGCAGAAGGAUAUACGCUCUGCUCAGGCGAGAAAGUAAUUAGCGUUAUCAAACGACGGACUGGACCCAUUCCACCGCCACCGCCGGGCAAGCCUCCGACGAUGAACACCGUUGUGAUGAACACAGUCAAUGCCGCACCUGCGAAACUACAAAUUAGAGCGGAGCAAUCGGUAAAAAAAUACUUCCCGAGCGAACGACGGUAUAGCGACAGGAAGCGAUCGAGAUCACCGGCAUCAAUUCGACGCUACGAAAGGCGUCACUCUUCGCGAGAUGAGUCACAUCGUCACCACCACCACAGCUCGCCGUCACGUAGAGAUCACCGGAAUUCUCGGCCCUCGAGGCAUCGAAGGUAA